CAGGGAUCUGUGAAAUAGUCACUGUAAACCGGCUUCCGCCCUUUUCUAUCCUCUUCCUCCGCUGAAAGGUUUGCCAACAUGUCUGCUCAUCUGCAGUGGAUGGUCAUCAGGAACUGCUCCAGCUUCCUCAUCAAGAGGAACGGACAGACCUACAGUACCGAGCCCAACAACCUGAAGUCCAAGAACUCGUUCCGCUUCAAUGGGCUGGUGCACAGGAAGACCGUGGGCGUGCAGCCUGCCGCUGACGGCAAGGGUGUGGUGGUUGUGCUGAAGAAGCGUGCAGGUCAGCGUAAACCUGUCAGCUCGUACGAGAAGAUCACUAUCAACAAGAACUCCCGUGCCACCCUGAGCAGCCUCAGGCACAUCAUUCGCAAGAACAACUACAGGAAGGACCUGCGCAUGGCCGCCCUGCGUCGUGCCAGUGCCAUCCUGAAGAGCCAGAAGCCUGUGGUGGUCAAGAAGAAGCGCUCCAGGGCUACCAAGACCGCAUAAAACAGAUGAUAAAUAAAAAAGUUUUCGGUUAAAAAAAAA